AAACUAUAGGUAACUGAAAUAAAUGAGAUUUCAGAUGUUCUUUUCUAUCCCUCAUCAGAUUGAUAUACUCAUUAACAAUGGCGGUCGAAGUCAGCGCUCUCUGUUCUUGGAAACCAGCGUGGAUGUGUGCCAGGCCUUGAUGGAGCUCAACUUCUUCGGUACGGUCUCUCUAACCAAGCAGGUGCUGCCUCACAUGACGCAGCGAGGCAGGGGGAGCAUCGUGACUGUCAGCAGCCUCUUUGGCCUUACCGCUGCGCCUCUUGCAACAGGUGCCUCUGCUAGCAAGCAUGCAGUUCAGGGUUUCUUUAAUUCCCUUCGAACUGAGCUGACUGACUAUCCAAAAAUACUAAUUAGCACAGUGUGUCCAGGGCCCGUCCAAUCACAAAUCGCCAAAAAUGCCUUUACAGCAGAAAUAAACAAGCCUCCACCCACAGUUGGACAUCUGAAGAGGAUGCCAACAGAUCGCUGUGUGCGUUUAAUGCUAGUGGGAAUUUCCAAUGGUGUCAAGGAGAUGUGGAUCUCUCAGCAGCCCAUGCUCCUGCUUUACUACACCUGGCAGUAUGCGCCCACAUUCGCCUGGUCCGUGUCCGACAGGUUGGGCAGAAAAUGGGUGCAGAAUUUCAAAGCUGGUCGGGAUGCAGACUCUGCGAACUUGACUAAACCGAAGACCUCCUGAAAAUCACAUCCUCAAGAGGAAAUUGCAUUCCUAAUGUUGGACUUUGUAUUUUUUUCUCCUUUUUUCAAAAUUUCUGCUUUCAUGUCAUGUCACCUUGGGAUGGCUGUUGCGGGCGAUAAACUGGCGAUGUAUAAAUGAAAUUGAAUUGAGUCUUGAAGUAAAUAUUUAGAGACAUAACUGGUUUGAAAGCUCCGUGCCCUCUUCCUAUCUUAAAUGAAAUGUUUGUAACCAAUAAUCAACUUGUG